AUGGCGUCAAUAUCAUUAGAUACGCCUAUCGCAGACGCGCUGAGCACGUCGGUUCAUAAUCGCAUCUGUCAAGAAGGAUGGAGCUCGGAUGACGAUACUGCGCUUGCCGAAUAUAUUGUUCUGAUGCUGGCUAACGGCAAGACUCAGUCACAAGUUGCCUCUGAGCUUGCCGGCGAACUUCUACAGGACGCGCAGGGAACAGAAGAGUUCGCGAAGUGGUUAUUUGACCAAGUCGCGCAGCUAUCAGGCGGCGAAAGCUCUGCGCCAACCCAGAGCGCCCCCGUUGAUGGCGCCGCAGCUCCAGAUCAGACGCAAGAACAGCCUACCGAGCCAACGAUACCUGCUGCCUACGAAACCGACAUGACCGAGGCUCCCCCGGACAACGCGUAUGUGGCCGAUUCUCAUCUUCCUCGUCCACCCGCUAACCAUUCCAAUAGCCCACGAGGACCUCGAAGUUCUGUCAAUUCCCGAGGAGGACGUGGAGGCAGGGGCGGCACGCCGUCAAAAUCUGCCGAAUCCGCCUUGCACAGAGUCCGAGGCAACGAUCGCAUCAAUUCACACAAUGUCCGUGGCGCGCCAAAAGGCCCACGCAAUCUCCAAAACCGUCCAGGCAUGCAAAAGGCCCUGAAUGGAUUGGCUGACGGGGCGCCUCCUGCUCAAAGCGCCAUGAUGCAACCUGGCAUGCAAAAUCAGCAACAAGGCAUGAACAUGCAAUUCUCAGCCGAACAGCAGAUGCAAUACCUAGCCAUGAUGGAGCAGCAAGCGCGACUGAUGGCGCAAUGGAACGAGCUUCAGCAGGGAAUGAAUGGCGGUGGUCCGCAGGGCCGCUCGCUGUUUGAUCGCGUCGAGUCGGGCCGUGGUCGCGGUGGCAUGCGUGGUCGUGGCAGAGGUGGCGCUGCUCAGAACGGCUCACGCAACGGUUCGAACGCGACCGGCGAGCCCAAAGAUGGCGCAGCCCCCAGUGAAGGCGACGCGACAAUGGAGGGCAACGACCCAGCACAGGCCGCCAAGUCCAACGAUCCUGCUACGACCAUGUGUCACUUCAACACCAGAUGCACCAACAAGGAAUGCCCAUAUGCUCAUCAAUCUCCCGCCGCUCCUAUGAAUAUCCCUGUCGACACGAGCCAGGUCUGCGAGUACGGUGUAGCCUGCAAGAACACAGCCUGCACCGCCCGCCAUCCAUCGCCCUCACUCAAGCAAGCUCAUCAGGCCGAGUCUGAAUGCAAAUUUUGGCCCAAUUGCGCCAAGCCCAAUUGCCCAUUCAGACACCCUACUCAACCACUUUGCCAAUUUGGCGCGAGCUGUAAGAACGUGAGCUGCAAAUUCACCCAUCUAUCGACAAUGUGCCGGUUCAACCCUUGCACCAACGCACGGUGCCCAUACAAACAUGCCGAUGGUCAGAAUCGAUCGAUGCAGGACUACGUCUGGACUCCAGAAUCGGCAAAGCAGAAGGAAGAGCAAAAACAGCAGGACGAGGACAAAGAGCAUGUGAGCGACCGGAAGUUUGUGUCCGAAGAUGUGGGAGAGGAGGAGUUGAUUAAGCCCGAAGGCGGCGAGGCUCAACCAGCGCAAUCAGCAGAGGCCACGAUGGAAGAAGCUAAUGGAACCGUCACUUGA